AGGGUGCCUUCGGACUGUCUGUAUUUUAAAGGGUGCCUCGGGACUGUCCAUCAUUUUAAAGGGUUUCUCGGAACUGUCCAUCAUUUUAAAGGGUGCCUCAGAACCGUCCAUAAUUUUAAAGGGUGUCUCUGGACCGUCCAUCAUUUUAAAGGGUGCCUCGGGACCGCCCAUCAUUUUAAAGGGUGCCUCGGGACUGUUCAUCAUUUUAAAGGGUGCCUCGGGACUGUCCAUCAUUUUAACGGGUGCCUUGCGACAGUCCAUAAUUUUAGAGGCUGCUCGGAACUGUCCAUCAUUUUAAAGGGUGUCUCGGGACUGUCCAUCAUUUUAAAGGGUUUCUCGGGACCGUCCAUCAUUUUAAAGGGUGCCUCAGGACAGUCCAUCAUUUUAAAGGGUGACUCGGGACCGUCCAUAAUUUUAGAGGGUGACUCGGUACUGUCCAGAAUUUUAAAGGGCGCCUCGGGACAGUCCAUCAUUUUAAAGGGUGUCUCAGGACCACCCAUAAUUUUAGAGGGUGACUCGGGACUGUCCAUCAUUUUAAAGGGUGCCUGGGGA